AUGACAGGAGCUGUCACCGCCAGUGAUACCGAGUCGGUGUCUAAGCAGUGCGAGAUGGUUGUGGAACCUAACAAAAUGGUCUAUUUUGACGGGGAAGGAGUUCGAAAGGAGAUUCAUAUGCCCAAAGGUACCGCCAGGAAGGCGGCUGAGCUUCUGGAAGCGCAGAACUGGGAAGAACUAGCCAAGUUUUCUCCUUGGAACAACCAGACUUACACCCCAGAGGACGAUGUGCGUAGAAAGUAA